UGGGUUACAGUGAGAGCUGUGUGCUUACAGACAUGAUCAAGUUUGUGGUUCUCGCUCUCUUUGUGGCUGGUGCCUACGGGUGCGGUCUCCCCACAUUCACCCCAGUUGUGAGCAGGGUGGUUGGAGGAGAAGAUGUCAGGCCUCACAGCUGGCCAUGGCAGAUUUCCUUGCAGUAUAACAGAGAAGGUGAGUGGAGACACACCUGUGGAGGAACACUGAUCUCCCACCAGUGGGUCCUCACUGCUGCCCACUGUAUCAGCACAGGCAGACAGUACAGAGUAGCCCUGGGAAAGCAUAACCUGGUGGAGACAGAGGAGAGAGCUGUCUUUGCUGACACUGCCAACAUUAUUGUGCAUGAGAACUGGAAUCCCUUCUUUAUCCGUAAUGACAUCGCCCUGAUCAAACUGGAGUCUCCUGUCACCUUCACUGACUCCAUCAUGGCUGCUUGUAUUCCUAAGUCUGGUUUCGUUCUGCCCCACAAUGAGCCCUGCUACGUCACUGGAUGGGGUCGCCUCUACACUGGAGGUCCCAUCGCUGACAUCCUGCAGCAGGCUCUCCUCCCCGUGGUGGACCACGCCACCUGCAGCAAAUCUGACUGGUGGGGCUUCCAGGUGAAGGAGACCAUGGUCUGUGCAGGUGGAGACGGAGUGAUGUCUGGGUGUAAUGGAGACUCCGGCGGCCCUCUGAACUGUAAGAAUGCUGAUGGUGCCUGGGAGGUCCACGGUGUCGUCAGCUUUGGCUCAGGCAUCAAAUGCAACCUGGCAAAGAAGCCCACCGUCUUCACCAGAGUCAGCUCCUACGUCGACUGGAUCAGUGCUAAAAUGGUGGCCUACUGAGCAGAGGGAGGGAAAAAUGAGA